UUUGGUUCCAAACGAGUUCUGCGUUGCUUCUUUCUUCGCCAUUUUCAGAUAUUUCAGUCUGCUCCUUGUGCUUAAUCCUAGAAACAAAGAUAAACAAAGAGAAAUGGUUCUGACUCUUCUUCCCCGACUCCAUUUAUCUAUCUUUACCCACUCACCGCCUUCACUGCAUACUCCUUUGAACAUCAAUUUCUUUUCUAAACUGAAAUAUUCCACCAUUAUUAAACCCAAAUCCACUCUUUCUACAACGGAGCCCGUACCUAUAUCCCACGUCUCAAACACCCAUGAAAUUUUGGCCUCUCCAGAGGAAACCCAAAUCCAGAUUUCACUUGACAAGCUCUUUGUCCCGCCGGAGACUGAAGUUCCAGUCAAUGAUACUAAUCUCAGUACCAGAAUCUUGAAAUGGUCGAAUAUAGUAUUGAGUAAGUACGCGAGGGAUGCUCAGGUUACGCAGGCAGAGUUUAUAAAGAGCAGCGUUCGGACUGAGGAUUGUCCUUCUGAUGGUUUGCCUGAGUUUGCUCUUGUGGGCAGGUCUAAUGUUGGCAAAUCUUCACUUCUCAAUUCGCUUGUUAGAAGAAAGCGGCUCGCGCUUAUCUCAAAGAAACCUGGGAAGACACAGUGCAUCAACCAUUUUCGAGUCAAUGAUAGCUGGUACUUGGUGGAUUUGCCUGGAUAUGGGUAUGCAGCUGCACCCCAGGAACUUCGGACUGAUUGGGCGAAGUUUACUAAAGACUAUUUUCUUAACCGUUCUACCUUGGUCUCAGUAUUCCUUCUUAUAGAUGCAAGUAUCCCUGCAAAGAAAAUUGAUCUUGAAUAUGCAAGUUGGCUGGGUCAGAAUCAGAUACCGAUGACAUUGAUUUUCACCAAAUGUGACAAGCGAAAGAAGAAGAAGAAUGGAGGGAAAAGGCCUGAAGAAAAUGUGAGUGACUUUCAAGAGUUGAUACGUGGCUUCUUCGAAACAGCACCCCCAUGGAUCAUGACCAGCAGCGUCACCAAUCAAGGUCGUGAUGAGAUACUACUGCACGUGGCUCAACUACGGAACUACUGGCUCAAACAUUAAGAUAAAAUAGUCUAGAAUUUGGUAUUUUUGUGUUCAUCCUGGUAGGUCUUAUAAUAUCUAAAAACCCUCUGCCUGCAAUUACUUGCAAACCCUUUUAUUGACACAGUUGUUUUCGACUUCUGGGUGUAGUGGCUCUUAAUCUGGAUAGAAAUGGUGAUCCAGUAUCGAAAAUUUUCCAAGAGACUAUUAGAUGGUCAGAAUUUUUUUCCUUUUCAGGUUAUUCAUUCAUUAAGAAUGAUUGACUGUGAGAGAUACUCGCCCCACCUUGCCCAAGACAGAGAAAUAGCCCUAAACCAUGAAGGGGGAAAACCAGAGGAAGAAUUAGAGCUGCAGGGUGAAGACACUAGAGGCUCAGUAGUUAUUGGCUUUCCUUAUUGACUACCAGAUCCUUACUUCAAUAUUGGAAAGACAGUGUUGGACUGGUUGCAAGUUUUGCUUGUGCACCGGAGAAUGCUACUUGAUUGUACCAUCCAUCAUGUACAUUUCUUACCAUAUCUGAUUGAAUUUGAGAAUGCCGGUGAAAUCCUUGGGAUUGUUUUUGGCUAGCAGCUUCAUGGCAUUGUUUAAGAUCUUUACUUUGACUAGUGUUAUUUGUAAAAUAUUAUGAUCGUUCUUAUUAUUAAUAUUUUGGCAAUAAAGUAAUAAACACCUAAAA